AUGGCCGACGGACAGGCCGCAGCACCACGGACCUCCGAGGCACAGGGCCCCUCCCUGGCAGACAUAAGAGCGGACAUUAUGGCCCUCACUGAAGCUAUGGUCACCAAGUCAGACCUCCAGGCUCUGUCUGCCAACCUGCACGAGGCAAUCAG